UCAACCCCUGGUUUUUGGGAACCCGGGUGUAGUUUAAGCCGGCCACCCCGCCGAAACCAGCGACCCGAGCCCCCAGUUUUCCCCUCCCGCCGCGUCCUUCCUCGCUGCCGCCAACCGCAGCAGCCACCGGCCGGCCGCCGGAUAUAUAAACACCUCCCCUCCCUCCUCCUCGCCGUCGCCGCAGCGCAAAGUGUCAGCACGAGCUGACCAAGAUUCAGAAGCAAGCAAGUAGCCCUCAAGCUAAGCUACUCUGUAGUCCACUCGACCAGAAAAGGGGAAGCCUUUUCGACCGAGCCCGGAGCGAGGAUGAGCGCGUCGUCGGUGACCAAGAAGGCGGCGUCGUUCGUGGUGGCGGCGAGCAUGAGCGUGGUGGAGGCGCUCAAGGACCAGGCGGGGCUGUGCCGGUGGGACUACGCGAUCCGGUCGCUCUACAACCGCGCGGCCGCCGCCAAGGUCACCGGCCGCGCCGUGCCGGUCUCCCUGUCGUCGUCCCAGACCGCGGGAUGCAGCAGCGCCGCCGCCGCCAGGGCCGGCGCCAGGACCAGGCGGAUGGAGGAGGAGAAGCUGAGCAAGGCGUACCACCUCGUCUGCUGGGGCCCUAAUUGAUUGGGAUUGUUUCUUUCUUCUUGUACACACGUCGUGUGGGAUUUUGAUCUCUUCUUCUUGCUCACUCAUGCCGAGAUGUAUCUGCAAAUUUGCAUGUACGCCGUCCGGCCUCUGAUGCCCCGAUGGGAAUUGUUGGAUGAACAAAUGGAAUUGAAAGGAUUUGCGGUGUAGUUA